ACCCUUUCCGGGCGGGGCGAAAAAAAUACUUCCCGUCUCUCCUUUUCGCCUAUUGGCUCUGUCAAAGGUCGAGUCCGUGACGUCAAAGAGCAUGGGCCAAUCAGAGCACACCGGACUGCGUGUUUUCCGAACCACUGCAGCAGGGUCAGAAGGGAGAUGGCCGCCUUCAGUCGUGGCCUCAGACGGUUUCCGAGCGUUAGUGUCUGGCACGCACCACCCCCUCUUGCUUUGGUUCCGCCACGCCGAUGUACCAGGUAAAGCCUUAUCACGGGCGCGGCGCGCCUCUCCGUGUGGAGCUUCCCACCUGCAUGUACCGGCUCCCCAACGUGCAAGCCAGGAGCGGCAGCCCAGAGGCCGGCGUUGCCCACGUGCAGCUGAUGAAGGCAGUGACUUUGAGGACAGCUUGAAUCGCAAUGUGAAGAAGAAAGCAGCAAAACGACCACCGAAAACAACGCCACUCCAAGAGCGUCAAGAGGAGAUUGAGGAGAUGAUGAAUACCCUCUUGGGAUGUCUUUGUUCGUCGGUACAGCACCAAGAAGUCCGCCUGAAGUGCGUGAAGGCCCUGAAAGGGCUGUACAGCAAAUGGGACCUGACUGCACGCCUGGAGCUCUUCACCAGCCGCUUCAAGGACCGGAUGGUUUCCAUGGUCAUGGACAGAGAGUACGAUGUGGCAGUGGAGGCCGUCAGAUUACUGAUACUUAUCCUUAAACUCUUCUACCCUGAGUGCGAGAUAAGAACGAUGGGUGGAAGAGAGCAACGCCGAAGCCCAGGCACCCAGAGGACUUUCUUCCAGCUUCUGCUGUCCUUCUUUGUGGAGAGCGAGGUGACAUAUACAGAGAGAAGUCUGGCUGUUGUGCAUAGGACCUACAACUGGGCUGGGCCUGGUGGCUCAUGCCUGUAAGUCCAGCACUUUGGGAAGCUGAGGUGGGAGGAUCCUUUGAGCCCAGGAGUUUGAGACCGGCUUGGGCAACAUAGUGAGACCCGGUCUCUACCCCCCAAAAAAACAAAAAAAGACAAAUGGAGAAGCAUGGGGGUGGACACUGUAGGAAGGAGAGAGAUAUUUAAUCAGUAACCGCUUCCUAGGGUAUUUUAACAUGCCAUCACUAACUCCCCAUGUACCUCCUUCCCCAGCUCCAUGACCAUGCUGCUUACUUAGUAGGCAGCCUGUGGGACUGUGCAGGGGCUCAGCUGAAGGACUGAGAGAGUCUGACAAGCUUGCUGCUGGAGAAGGACCAGAGUGCAUGCCACAUGGAGCCAGAGACAGGGACCUUCCACCUCCUAGGGUGAAACCAGGAGAGAUUGCUUGCCUGACUUGUACAAGGCAGCAACGGUGGCAUGGGGUGGGGGGAACUUGGAGUUGGAAGGUGGCUAAUCUUUGAUUCUGUUUUUGAUCCUCCUGGCACUCCAGACCUGGGUGAUGUGCAGGAGAGCACACUGAUAGAAAUCCUUGUGUCCAGUGCCCAGCAACUCUUGCCUCAGCCUCCCGAGCAGCUGGGACUAUAGGUGCCCGCCACCAUGCCCGGCUAAUUUUUUUGUAUUUUUAGUAGAGACGGGUUUUCACCGUGUUAGCCAGGAUGGUCUUGAUCUCUUGACCUUGUGAUCUGCCUGCCUCAUCCUCCCAAAGUGCUGGGAUUACAGGCGUGAGCCACCGUGCCUGGCUGCCUAAGGUUUUUUCUUUGCUUUUUAAAAAACAGCUUCAUAUUAAGUAACAUUGUGGCAUCAUUAUUUCAUAUGCAAGUAUGUGUUCUCAGUGUACAUUUUUAGAUGGGACUUUUUUUUUUUUUUUUUUUGAGACGGAGUCUUUCUCUGUCCCCCAGGCUAGAGUGCAGUGGUGCGAUCUCGGCUCACUGCAAGCUCCGCCUCCCGGGUUCACGCCAUUCUCCUGCCUCAGCCUCCCGAGUAGCUGGGACUACAGGCGCCCGCCAACACGCCCGGCUAAUUUUUUUUGUAUUUUUAGUAGAGACGGGGUUUCACCGUGUUAGCCAGGAUGGUCUCGAUCUCCUGACCUCGUGAUCCGCCCGCCUUGGCCUCCCAAAGUGCUGGGAUUACAGGCUUGAGCCACUGCGCCCAGCCUUUAGAUGGGACUUUAUGUGACAGCUUUAUUGAGAUACAACUUACAUAUCAUAAAAAUCACCCCCUCCUUUUUUUUUUUGAGACAGAGUCUCGCUCUGUCACCCAGGCUGAAGUGCAGUGGCGUGAUCUCAACUCACUGCAACCUCCACUUCCCAGGUUCAAGCGAUUCUCCUGCCUCAGUCUCCUGAGUAGCUGGGACUACAGGCGCCCACCACCACGCCCGGCCAAUUUUUGUAUUUCUGGUAGAGACAGGGUUUCACCAUGUUGGCCAGGCUGGUCUCGAACUCCUGACCUUGUGAUCUGCCCACCUCGGCCUCCCAAAGUGCUCACAAAGUGCUGGUGAGCCACCACGCCCAGCCAAAAAUCACCCUUUUAAAGUGUACACUUAGCAUAUUCACUGAAUUGUACAACCAUCACCACUAUCUAAUUUUAGAACAUUUUCAUUAUUCUCAAAAUAAACCACAUACCCAUUCGCAGUCUAUCUUCCCACCCUAAGGUGGUAUCACUAAUAGAAUUCCUGUCUCUUGAUUUGCCUAUUCCGGGCCUUUCAUAUAAAUAGAAUCAUAAUAUGUGGCCUUUUAUGUCCAGCUUCUUUCACUUAGCACAGUGUUUUCAAGGUUCGUCCAUACUUUGACAUAUAUCAGUAUCUCAUACCUUUUUAUGGCCAAAACAAUAUGUCAUCAUGUGGAUAUGCCACAUUCUACUUAUCCACUUGUCAGUUGAUUGACAUUUGGGCUGUUUUAUGCAUAAUGCUGCUAAACAUGCAUGUACACAUUUUUGGGUGGAUGCAUCUUUUCAGUUAUCUUGAGAUACACCUGGGAAUGGAAUUGCUGGGUCUUAUGGCAAUUCUAUAUUUAAGUUUUUGAGGAACUACCACACUGUUUUCCAAAGUACCUACACCAUUUUACAAUCCUACCAGCAAUGUAUGGGGGCCCUGGUUUCUCCAUGUUGUCACCAGUACUUAUUGUCUUUUUUAAUUUUAUCCAUCUCCUAGUAACUGUGAUGUGUGGUAUCUCAUUGUGGUUUAAAUUUGCAUUUCCCUAAUGACCAGUGGUAUUGAGCAUUUUUUCGUGUGCUUAUUGACAAUUUGUUUAUCUUCUUUGGAGAAACGUCUUUUCUGAUCCUUUACUAUUUUAAAAUAGGGUUGUCUUUUUAUUGUUGAGUUGUAAGUAUUCUUUAUAUAUUCUAGACACGAGAUUCCUUAUGAUAUGCAAGCAUUUUCUUCCAUUUUUUGGGUUGUCUUUUUGUGUUAUUGGUGGUGUCUUUUGAAACAUAAAAGUUCUUGAAUUUGAUGAAAUCGAA